CUUAUAUGGAACCCUAAUCUUAUAAGUUAUAAUGCAAGUAUAUUGUUACUGCUGAAACCACAGUUUUGAGCAUGUAAGUACAGUCGGUAGUAAACAUAACUCUACAAAAAUGUUGAAACACUGCAUUUAUUGCUUAUGUUAUGUUUAUCGUUUCUAUAAACAACCAAAAAAACGAAAUAAUGCAAUUAACGAGAUCAUACCUCAUCACACGAUCAGUCAAUAUGAUCACAUGUACCUUUACAUAGUAAAACAACCUGAGUGGUUAGUGGUCAACAGGCCGCAAUACUACGCAAGAAGUCCCGGGUUCGAUUCCCGGCUGGGCAGAAAUUGAAAUGAUGAAUUUUAAUUCCUGUGAUGGGUCUGGGUGUUACUAUGUAUAAUGUGUACCUAUGUAUUUAAAUAGUUUUUAAGUAGUAUAUCCAAUGGAUAUUAUGUAUUAAGCUAGCACCCAUAACACAAGCAUUUUAGUUGCUUACUUUGAAACUAGAUGGCGCUGCGUGAUAUUAUUCAAAGAAAGAAAGAAAGAUAGUAUGUUUAAGAAAUAAUCUAAAGUAUGUAACAAGAAAAAUAUCCUAAUAUGAAAAAAAAAUCAUCAUUUUUUUACGCCGACUGUACCUACACUGAUUAUGCGGACGUCUGAGUAAAUUGAAACUUUUGUUUUUCACAAAUGUUAAUGUUAAUCAGCAAUAACAUUUUGUAAUUGCUGAUUCUAUAAAAAAUUUUGGCCAGUGAUCGUAAACCCUGUGUUUGAAGGUUACUUUUGUAAUUAUACAUUAUAUUUUACCCGUUAACUAAGCGGUACAAAUGGAAAAAAUGUUGACUACCUCUUUUGCUGAUCUUGCAUUAUUUUUAGAUAAAUUAUGACCUCCAAAUCGAUAAAAUUUAAUAACUCCAGUAGUGCCACAUAGUGCUCAUCAACCUUCAAGGUUAAGGUAUUCUUCAGCUUCAAGACCAAUCUACAGCAACGAAAUAAUGUCGGACUUUGAGUAUUACUGCGACAAAAAAGCAGUUGCCAAGCGGCACGGAAAUAAACGCGAAGACAUAGAUUCUGAAGAGGAAACAUCUUGUAAAAGGUUGAAGCAGCAGAGACCGCGAAAAACAGCCAAACAUUUAUUUGACGACUCUGAAGACGAAUCAGUUAAUAAACCGUUGAAGCAGAAACCUCGAAAAACGGCCAAACAUUUAUUCGACGACUCUGAAGAGGAAUCAGUUAAUAAACCAACUAAAUCAUCAGCGAAAAAGUCGUCUACCAAACGCAAGUCAGCAGAGAGCUCGAGUGGAGACAAACGAACUCGAACCUCAGGGUGGAAGCUGGACUUGGACGACGACGCGGACGUCGAGAGCAGUCGCGCGCGCAGCCAGCCCGGCCGCCUGCAGUCCGUGCUGACGCGCCGAGUGGCCGACGGAGUCCUGCGCCGCACCGCCUCUCUGCCUGGGGAUCUCUUCGUGGAGUUGCGCCUCUACAACGCGGACGAGAUACGAGCUGUGCAGCCGAAAGAUCGUUGGGAGAAGGCGGUAUUGUCACUCAAAUACCAAAGCAGCUCUAACGCCGAACAUCUUGACCUACUGCGGCAAUUCGUCACGCGUGCGCGAGAGGCAUUCGAAGAGGACGGUACUUUUUUCGCUGAUAAAAAAAAUAGUUCGUAAUUUGUUAUUAAUUAGUUAUUUAAGGUAAUAAAAUAAAAUACUUUUUUAUAUCUUAGUUUUUUCACCCAGUCUAUUUAAUUUCAUUCAAAGUUGUUAGGUAGGUUUUAAACUUUUUUAUAAUGUCUCAAAGAACGAUAUAUUGCACAGUGUGCGAUUUAUCAGUUAAAAGUAAUAGUUUCUCAGCUCAUCUCAAAAGUAAUACACAUAAAAAUAAUUCAGCAAUAGAAUUAGGAGAUGGUAUAGAAAAAAUAAGUAGUGCAUUCCGUAGUCGAAUAGCUACGUAUCGAUUGCGCAAUAGGGAUGAAGGCGUGCAGACGCCAGCCGAGUUCAUGCGCAGCAUGCGUGCGCGCGUGCGGCAACUCAUACAAGCGCGACAACUAGCAUUUAACAGCCUUAAAGUCAACUUCGAAUUAUUUGCAGAAUUUUCUCUUAGAACUAAUGACUCUAACAAAUCUGAGCUAAAAUCAUUUGCUACAGAGAACUUUACCAUACAUAAGAAC